AUGCCUCAGACUACUCCCGAGUUACUGCUCAGUAAUCCAUGGUAUGGCAAAGGAUUUUUCGAACCAAACCAAUAUAAAGUGUCUAUUGAACGUUGUAACAAUGGAUAUCACUCUUGUGAACUAUUUCUUAAAUUUAUUGAACAACGAAUUAAAAUUGAACGAGAUUAUAUGGCGGAAUUGAAAAAAUGGUCACUAACAUGUCAAAAAGAAAUUUCUCGAAGUCAAGAUUAUGGUACAAAUAAGAGCACUUGGUCAGCAUCAAUUGUUGCCGGAGAACAACAUUUUUAUACUCAUUCUCAAAUAGCUAAAGAUCUUCAAGAAAAUGUUCUUGAUAAAAUGACACAGUAUCGAAAAGAUAAUUAUGGUAAAUCAGUUUUACAUAUUAAAAAAGCGAAAGAAUUUGAAAAAGAUUUUGAACAAGCACAAAGAAGUUGGUUAAAAUUAUUACAAAAAAUAGAUGACACAAAAAAAUUGUAUCAAGAAACAAAAAAAAAAUUAAAGAAAUUUGAAUUAGCUGAUAAAAUUAUACAAAGUGAUACCGGUACAUCUGAUGAACAAAAACGUAAAGCAAAAGAUCAAGUAGAUACAUUGAAAAAAGAAUGUACUGCUCAAGAAUCAAAAUAUAAACAAUUGAUUGAAGAUAUGAAAAAUCAACGACCAAAUUAUGAGAAAGAAAUGACCAAUGUUUUAAACCGAACACAUGAUUUUGAAAAAAAACGUUCGAAUUUUUUUAAACAAAUGUUUCAAGAAUAUCAUGAUGCACUUUAUCCAAACAAACCAGAUGAAAAUCUUGCUGGAGCAUCGCAAAAAUUUUUAAACGAAUUGAAAAAGCAUAAUGUAGAAAACGAUAUUGCAUGGUGGAAUAAAGUUUACGGUAGUGAUACAAAUACUCAAUGGCCAGAAUUUGAAGAAUUAAAAGACUCAAAUACGUAA